GCGAGCAGUGAGUAAGGACCGCACCAGUCACACUUCCCGGAACAGGGAGGAGCUGGCACUUAUUAUCGAGGAUAUAAACAAAAUCACUACACUUUGGUUUGAUUAAGCCUCAGCGUUGCUGAACAGGAUGAUUGACAUUCGGGCAUGGGCAGAGUAUGUGGUGGAGUGGGCUGCCAAAGACCCCUACGGUUUCCUCACCACUGUCAUACUGGCUCUCACACCUCUCUUCAUUGCCAGUGCACUGCUGUCCUGGAAACUAGCCAAGAUGAUUGAGGCACGUGACCGGGAACAGAAGAAAAAGCAGAAACGCCAGGAAAACAUAGCCAAGGCCAAGAGGACCAAGAAAGACUGAGCCUUUGAGGGCAGAGUGAGGGCAUAAAAAAAAAAAAAAGAGGAGCAACCACCAUGCUCACAGCCCUCUUUAUUCUAAAUAA